AUCCCAGCACCACAUAAUACUAUAAAUACCAAACAAAAUCUCCCUCCCACUCCAUUGGUACCGCGAAACGCACAUUUCACUAUUCAUUCUCGUUUCCCUCUCGACUGUGAUUGUUUGUUAACUGAACUUUUCGAGCAAAAUGUCUGGACGUGGAAAGGGGGGCAAGGGUUUGGGAAAGGGAGGAGCGAAACGACACCGUAAGGUGUUGCGCGAUAACAUUCAGGGAAUCACCAAGCCUGCGAUUCGGCGUUUGGCUCGCAGGGGUGGUGUGAAGCGUAUCAGUGGUCUCAUCUACGAGGAGACACGUGGCGUGCUCAAGAUCUUUCUGGAGAACGUGAUUCGUGACGCCGUUACCUACACUGAGCACGCUAGGAGAAAGACCGUUACGGCAAUGGAUGUGGUUUAUGCUCUCAAGAGACAAGGAAGAACCCUCUACGGAUUUGGAGGCUAGUUUUUUUUUUAAUUUUUAUUGUUAGGUUUCGUUUGUUUUGGAGGUUUAUGUGGGAUGUAAGAGACCCUUGCUAUUAGGGAGAUAGGGAAAAAAAUUGCAAGGAUUUGGUGUAGUAAGUUGCUGGUGGUGUUUUAGGUAUAAGGGUUUCUAUAACAUGUAAUGUAUUGAGCUAUCUUAGCUGUUAUUGCUGCCAAGCUUGUAAUUGUAUCACAAUAUGUUGCUAAUGUCAGAUUCUUGUUUUUCUGUUUA